UGGGCUGGGUGGAGGUGGAGAGGAAGAGCUGCCGGAAGUAGGCGGCCGAGGUGGUGGCUGAGCAGGCGGCAGCUGCCAGGGAAACCGAGGCGCGGGACUCACGGCCCGCAGACAGGCCGGCGGGGGGGGUCGUCCCUGCGCGUUCCGUUUGCCUGGGCUAAGGGUCUCUAGUCCGGCACCCUCCUCUGGACUCGGGCCUUUCCCUAAGCCCGCCAGGGGGCGCCGCACUGAGGGGCUGCAGAGUGGGGGGCGAGCGCGGCUGACGAGAGAAGGGGCGCGGGGCCGGGCCCGAGAGGAGGGGUUCCCCCCCCCGCCCCGCUCAGGAGGUGCCCCUGGGCGGGGGACCGGGAGUCCUCACCUCCCGACUGAGGCAGAGGUUCCUAGGGGCGGGCAGGGCGCUUCGCCCUCUGCCCCCGCCGGCACCCUGGCCAUGACGGGCAAGUCGGUGAAGGACGUGGAUCGGUACCAGGCGGUCCUGGCCAACCUGCUGCUGGAGGAGGAUAACAAGUUCUGCGCGGACUGCCAGUCGAAAGGGCCACGAUGGGCCUCCUGGAACAUUGGUGUCUUCAUCUGCAUUCGAUGUGCUGGAAUCCACAGGAAUCUGGGGGUGCACAUAUCCAGGGUAAAAUCAGUUAACCUCGACCAGUGGACUCAAGAACAGAUUCAGUGCAUGCAGGAGAUGGGAAAUGGAAAGGCAAACCGACUUUAUGAAGCCUACCUUCCUGAGACUUUUCGGCGACCUCAAAUAGACCCAGCUGUCGAGGGAUUUAUUCGAGAUAAAUACGAGAAGAAGAAAUACAUGGACCGAAGUUUGGACAUCAAUGCUUUUAGGAAAGAAAAAGAUGACAAGUGGAAACGAGGAAGUGAACCAGCUCCGGAGAAAAAAAUGGAACCUGUUGUUUUUGAGAAAGUUAAAAUGCCACAGAAAAAAGAAGAUCCACAGCUACCUCGGAAAAGCUCCCCGAAAUCCUCAGCCCCUGUCAUGGAUUUGUUGGGCCUUGAUGCUCCUGUGUCCUGCUCCAUGGCAAAUAGUAAGACCAGCAAUACCCUAGAGAAGGAUUUAGAUCUUCUGGCUUCUGUUCCAUCACCCUCUUCUUCAGUUUCCAGAAAGGUUGUAGGUUCCAUGCCAACUGCAGGGAGUGCCGGCUCUGUUCCUGAAAACCUGAACCUGUUUCCAGAGCCAGGGAGCAAAUCAGAAGAAACAGGCAAGAAACAGCUCUCUAAAGACUCCAUCCUUUCACUGUAUGGAUCCCAGACACCUCAGCUGCCUGCCCAAGCAAUGUUCAUGGCUCCGGCUCAGAUGGCAUAUCCCACAGCCUACCCCAGCUUCCCUGGGGUCACCCCUCCCAGCAGCAUCAUGGGGAGCAUGAUGCCCCCACCAGUAGGCAUGGUAGCGCAGCCAGGAGCUUCUGGGAUGGUUGCCCCCAUGGCCGUGCCUGCAGGCUAUAUGGGCGGCAUGCAGGCUUCAAUGAUGGGCGUGCCAAAUGGAAUGAUGACCCCCCAGCAGGCUGGCUACAUGGCAGGCAUGGCAGCUGUGCCCCAGACUAUGUAUGGGGUUCAGCCCGCUCAGCAGUUGCAGUGGAACCUAACUCAGAUGACCCAGCAGAUGGCUGGGAUGAACUUCUGUGGAGCCCACGGCAUGCUGACCUAUGGACAGUCGAUGAGCGGCGGAAAUGGACAGGCAGCAAAUCAGACUCUCAGCCCUCAGAUGUGGAAAUAA